UUUUUCCUCUGUAUUUGCAGACCGAUAGAAGACAUAAACCCACAAAACCUUCGCCAAGUUCCAAGUUCAGAGAGCACCUCGCCGGACGCCACCACCUCACCCCGGAAUCAAAUUCAAUUUCUCCGUUGGAUGCCGCCUUGAAAUCCAUUGAUGGCGGCCGUCUGUAGAUCCCCUGCUUCUUCCGUUUUCCGCACGUGCCAACGCCACAUCUCCUCCUCCAGCAACAAAAACAACAAAAUCCCCCUCCUGUGGACUAACCCCACCGCCGACUCCGAGUCCGUCUCCGACGACGCAUCAAUCACACUCCAGCUACUCUCCUGGGGCCGCGGCGCCUCGGGCCAGCUCGGCGGCGGCACCGAGGAGAUCCGCCUCUACCCGGCCCCGCUCGCCUCCCUCCUCCUCCCUCCCUCUUUCCGCCUUUCCAAUCCUAUCCCCGGCCGCCUCACCGAUUACAACAACGAUAAUUCUCAUUCUUCUGAUGGUGAUGGUGAUGUGGAGGUGGGGAUCUCGUGUGGCCUGUUCCACUCGGCAUUGUUGGUGGACGGGAAGGUGUGGAUUUGGGGGAAAGGAGACGGCGGCCGCCUCGGGUUUGGCCACGAGAAUUCCGUUUUUGCCCCCACUUUGAACCCUAAUUUGGAUUUCGUACGAAGCUUGGCUCUCGGUGGACUUCAUUCCGUUGCUCUCAACUCUCUUGGCCAAGUCUUCACCUGGGGUUAUGGCGGUUUCGGAGCUCUUGGACAUUCUGUAUACCAUAGAGAACUGUCUCCUCAAUUGGUGAAAGGCUCAUGGGAUGCAAAAGUACGACACAUUGCAACUAGUGGGACACAUACUGCUGCCAUCACUGAGUCAGGUGAACUUUAUACAUGGGGUCGAGAUGAGGGUGAUGGCAGAUUGGGCCUCGGUCCCGGUCGUGGACCAAGUGAGGCUAGUGGACUAAGCAUUCCUUCCAAAGUAAAAGCAUUACCUGUGCCUGUGGCUGCUGUAUCCUGUGGAGGUUUUUUCACCAUGGCUCUGACAAAAGAGGGACAACUUUGGAAUUGGGGUGAGGGACAUCUUGAUUCAAAUUGGUGUCUUUACACAGCAAACUCUAACUAUGAGCUUGGAAGAGGUGAUACUGUUGGCGGGUGGAAACCAAAACCAAUCCCUAGCCUUGACGAUGUUCGUAUAAUUCAAAUAGCAGGUGGUGGAUACCACUCUCUUGCUUUGACUGAUGACGGUAAAGUGCUGUCCUGGGGUCAUGGCGGACAUGGUCAGUUGGGUCAUUAUUCUACCCAAAAUCAGAAAAUUCCUGUGCCAAUUGAGGGUUUAGCUGAUGAAAGGGUUACCCAUAUUGCUUGCGGGGGUUCAUCAUCAGCAGCUAUAACUGAUAAAGGGAAACUGUACAUGUGGGGAAAUGCCAAGGAUUCACAAUUAGGUAUUCCUGGACUGCCUGAAGUGCAACCUUUUCCUGUUGAAGUUAAGUUUCUAACGGAGGAUGAUGGAUUGGGGACUCAUCAUGUGCUCUCUGUCGCAAUUGGUGCAUCUCAUGUAAUCUGUUUGGUUUCGAGGUUAGGUCACGAAAGAGAGUAGCACGGUUUUUCACAUGUGGUGUGGAGCUAUUGUAUCUGUAAAGUAAAGUUACAAGGGACGGAUGGUUUAGUUUGGAUUGACUUCACAAAUAGAAGUGAAGGUGAGAUUUAUACUGGAACUCCAGAAUUUUUGGCAAAGAAGAUACCAUACACGGCAUAUAGGAGAAGAAUCCAAAAUUCACAGGUACAGCCCCUGUCGCUGUCUUUACUACCUCUCCUAUUAAUGAAACAGUGCAUCAGCGUUCCUUUAGCGUGGGUUUGGAUCAAGGAUUUGCUGGAGGAAUAGGCAACGUAAAGGGAAUCGUCAGUGGAUACAAUGUUUGCUAUUUAAUCUUUCUUAAUCUUCUUUUCUCUCGGCAAAUUCCUCCUUAAAUGCUUGAUCCAAAUACAACCUUACUGAUCUUUGUUUCACUCUGGUUGAUCCAACGGGUUUUCUGAAUUGCAGGCGGUGAUCUUCUUGAACUGCUACAACCUUCGACCGCAGCCACAUCGCACAUGGAGCAAGACAUGUUGAAAUUAAUGAAAUACUGUACUAGAUUGGAUUUCUCAUCGGUUAUCUUUUUUCUCAUUGAAUUUAGCCGAAUCAAGUUCCAUCUCAA